GCUCAACAAACUGCGCAUGUUCACUCAAAGCCUCUCGCUAUGUAAGGAUGACACCGACCGCGAUCUAAACGCAUAUUGACCAGGAAUGUCAUGCGUUCAGUGUUGAAGGGGAGUGCAGGCUAUGGCUGAGGCAGAAGUCACUGUGACCGUGGAGAACAUGGUGGUGAUGAAGAGCCCUGAGGAAGAGGAUGUGGAGCCUGACAACCAAAGCAAGACUCAAAUGAUCCUCCAGCUGCAGCCAAUCACAGCAGGGCUUGGAGAUGAAAGCAAUGAGACGGAUGCUGCAGUUGUGGCAGUGGAAGAUGAGGUUUCUGCUGAAGGAGAGGAUUUAGAGCUUGGUUAUCCCAUUACAUGCGGCGAGAGUAAAGCCAUCCUUCUGUUCAAGAAGUUUGUCUGCCCAGGAAUCAAUGUCAGAUGUGUGAAGUAUGAGGAUCAGUUGAUAAGUCCGAAGCAGUUUGUGCACAUGUCUGGUAAAGCCACCUUGAAGGAUUGGAAGCGAGCGAUCCGGAUUGGUGGAGUGAUGCUCAGAAAGAUGAUGGACUCGGGUCAGCUAGAUUUUUAUCAGCACAGCACUCUCUGCACAAAUACCUGCCGCAGCACCAAGUUUGACCUGCUGAUCAACAACACACGCUUCCCACCGGACGGCAGUGGCCUCAACACGCCCAUUACAGCUGCAGAGUGUGUGUUUCCUGCAGGCCAUGUCACUGUGGGUAAUGGUGGUCAAGCGGCCACAGUAGAGGAAAAGAAAGAAGACGUGAUCGGCGCAGUGGAGUGGAGCCCAGAAAUCCCAGAGAAAAGAGACACAUCUGAAAUCUCAGAGGAGACGCUGAGUUUCUGGAGGGGUAUCGCUGAGGUGGGGCUGAUGGGGGAGGUGGUGUCUAAUAUCCGCUCGGAGCUGUUGGGUCUGCUGAGAGGAGUUCAGCUACGCACAGAUCAGAGCUCUUUACAGGAUGCAGAGAUUGCAGUUCUAAGCAACCUGGCACAAGUUUUUAACCUGUUGGACUCCAUCAAGCAAAUUCUAAAUGUUCGACGGCAAAUGACGGACCCAGAGCAGACACAAGUCCUCAGAACACUGACAACAUUGGAACAGCAGUUAGAAGAACAGAAGAUGCAGCAGUCCCUCAGCUGGUCAUCUCAGUCACAGGCCCUCAGCAGUCUGGUUCUCCCCUCAACCCCUCCAGCCAAGCGUGCUCCCAAACGCCCCCGUCUCCAGCGUCCUGCCUCCACCACAGUACUCAGCACAUCCAUAGCUCAGCCUCUUACCCUCCAGCCACAGCAAUUCACUGUAUUCUCUCCCAUCACCCUUUCUUCCAUCGGCCAGUCGUUCACAGUGGCCAACCUCAGUCCACCAUCCAACACUGUCACCCUACACGCUCUACCCGCAGGCUCUCAGCUCUUCACACGAAUCGCCGGAGGCUCUGAUGGAAAAACUGAAGCCAUCACACUCCAUCCCGCGUCUGGGCUUACGCUCCUGGGAGCCACAGCCAUGCAGGACCCCUCACAACUCGGGACAGUCGUAAGUCCGGUUGAGCUCGUCCAAUUGACGCAGAAAGCGACUAAUGCUGGUGUAACCCAAGACGGUCAGGUGGUCACAGGUACGGUAGUUAUGCAAGAGGGUGUCGUCAGGGUUGUGCAGGAAGACGAAAACCAGGAAAACGCCACCCUGAUCGAGAUCGACCCAGCAGCCGCUGACCAAGGCAUGAGUGUAAUGGAACUGCAGCUUGAGGGCGAUGAAGCGGCGGGUGGUGCGACUGUUGUGGAAGGAGGCGAGGAGGUGGUGCAGGGAGAAAUGGAAGAGACAGGGGAGAUACAGCUGGAUGCCAAUGGUCAGUUCCACAAUUUGCCCAUUGUAGUGGUGGAGGAAGAGACACAGGACGUUGGUAAAGCCAAAUGAGACGAUGGCAUGCUCACACAAAACGUCCUCAGAGACUGACAGACCAAAUCAGACAGGGACGGCCAUUGUGUUGCCCCAGGUGGAGUGUGUGUGUCUCGUUUUUUUCAUUACUCAUUUCCUGCACAGCCACGCUCAGCUCUUCAAGCCUGAUGUGUCACGUAUUUGUAAGCGCAAGUUCAGUAUUCCUUUUUUUAACAAGCGAAAAGCAACAAUUAGUGAUGUUUUGUUGGAACACAUUCAGUAUUUGCUUUUGUUUUGGAGUGUGGAAGAAUAGGCACUUAUUUUUUUAAUUAUCCUUUUGUUUUGGUGCCAAAAUGUCACACUGUAGCUAUGGCCAAAUUUACAGUUCAUGAACGCGUGAUCCGAAAUCCUCAGAGUUAGACUGAUGCUUCAAACACUCCCAUAAAAAAUAUGUAUUUUCUGACAUCAGGGUAAACGGCACUAAUGUUGAUGAUAUUUUUAGCACCGUGGUUUUCAAGUCUGGUUCUGUGGACUCACAGCACCACUUUGACUGACAGACCAUGUUCAAAUCACGUCAUUUUAUGCUAAUGAUCUGACGAUAAAAAUGCAGUUGUGAGUCUCCAGAAUCAGAGUUGAGAAUUGAGCUGUUAUCACACAUAAUGAAACAUGUGUUUAGAAUAUUUUUGAGUGCAUCCUUGCGUGUCUGUCACUGAAAAUAAAACGGAUCUUCCUUUCCCCUUGUACUGGUAGAACUCGGGAUUUGUGCAUUUCAACGACUGUUACAGUUUUGUUUUGAACAAAAGUGAAUGCAAGAAUACACUUGAUUUGGAGGUUUAUAAAUACAAUGUUGUUAAUUUUAAAAAAUAAGUUAAUUUAUUACAAGUGGUUAUUUUUGAUUGUUUACUCAGCCUCAUGUCAUUCUGAACUCACAGAGCUUCUGUGGACCACAAAUGGAGAUGUUUAGCAGAAUGUUCCCACUUAUGCAGUUUGCUGAAGAAAUUAUUUUGCUGCUUGUUUGAAUUAAUUAAAAUGAAUUAAUGCCACAAUUCUUGAA